GUCCGUUCCGACUCUCUCAGCCUGACAUGCCCGAUGACGACCUUUAAAUCCAGGAUGCACAUGCUGUAGUUGGUAGUUACACAGUACUCGCAGGUGGUCAGUGUGUUUCGGAAUGGAUGUAUCAUAUAUCAUUGCGAUAUGGUUUCUCCUGUUGCAGUGCAGGCUAAGCCUCGAAUGUGAGGCUGGGCGUUACGGUACUGACUGCAGCAAACAGUGCAAGGAGGGAUGUGACGGCCCAUGUGACAGUGUGGACGGCUCCUGUACCUGUAAACCUGGAUGGAGAGGAAAUACCUGUUCAAAAAAAUGUUAUCGUGGGCGGUACGGCCUUGGCUGUGCAGAGUGGUGUUCCAGUGGGUGCCAGCAGAGGAAGUGCCACCCAACAACUGGAUUUUGCCGUCGCAAAACCUGUAGCCCUGGCUGGAGGAACUCCGAUCCUGACCAUCCAAUGUGUGAUCAACGAUGUGAGGAUGGACACUAUGGAGCUUCCUGCAGAAAACGUUGCGCUGAGGGAUGUGAGGGGAACUGUCAUCGUGAGAGCGGCACGUGCACGUGCAAGGAAGGAUGGAAAGGGCCCAAUUGCUUGUUACGAUGUGAGGAUGGGCGUUAUGGGAAUGGCUGCAGAAAAAAAUGUAGUGAAGGCUGUAUCGACACAUGUAACAAUGUUAACGGCAGUUGUUCCUGCAAGCCCGACUGGGCGGGGCCGUUGUGCAGAGGACGGUGCGGAUCUGGGUGUGACGGACCAUGUGACCAAAUGACCGGCCACUGUACCUGCAAACGUGGCUGGUUUGGAUUGGUCUGUAGAGGAUAUUGUUCCGAGGGGCAUUAUGGACCAAGCUGUCGUAGAAAGUGCAGUGUUGGAUGUGUGGACACUUGCGACAGAGUAGAUGGCAACUGUACCUGUAAGCCAGGUUGGACGAGGGACACCUGCUCAUCACAUUGCGCAGAUGGUACAUAUGGCGAGGACUGUAGGUAUAAGUGCAAGGAGGGAUGCAAGCCCGAUAAAUGCAACCAUAUUGAUGGACACUGUACAGCUUGUGCAAGCGGUUGGACUGGAGAAACUUGUGAAACAGUUUGCCCGCCUGGUACAUAUGGGGAAAACUGUGGGCUGAACUGCUCUGCUGGGUGUGUCAACCAGACUUGUUACCGAGCUGAUGGCAGGUGUGACAAGUGUCUGCCUGGCUGGGAGAGCCGUCGCUGGAGCAUUGCAAGGUGCGACGAAAGGUGUUACCGAGGCACAUAUGGCGAGGACUGUAAGAAUAAGUGCAACGAGGGAUGCAAGCCUGAUAAAUGCAACCAUAUUGAUGGACACUGUACAUCUUGUAGAGGCGGUUGGACUGGUGAAACUUGUGAAACAGUUUGCCCGCCUGGUACAUAUGGGGAAAACUGUGGGCUGAACUGCUCUGCUGGGUGUGUCAACCAGACUUGUGACCGAGUUGAUGGCAGCUGUGACGAGUGUCUGCCUGGCUGGGAGAGCAAUCGCGGGAGCAUUGCAAGGUGCGACGAAAGGUGUAACCCAGGCACAUAUGGCGAGGACUGUAAGUAUAAGUGCAACGAGGGAUGCCAACCUGGUACAUGCAGCGCUACUGAUGGAACGUGUGGGUCAUGUGUGCUAGGGUGGACUGGAGAACACUGUGAAACAGCCUGCCCGCCUGGUACAUAUGGGGAAGACUGUCUGCUGAACUGCUCUGCUGGGUGUGUCAACCAGACAUGUGACCGAGUUGAUGGCACUUGUAACGUGUGUCUGCCAGGAUGGAACAUGGCCAAAUGCGACAACAGAUGUGACACGGGCACCUAUGGCCCUGACUGUAUGUAUGAGUGCAAUGAGGGAUGCCAGCCUGAGCAAUGCGACCCUUCUGAUGGGAAUUGUGGGUCUUACUGCAGAUCAGGGUGGACUGGAGCAAACUGUGACACAGUCUGCAUCCCUGGUACAUAUGGAGAAAACUGUCAGCUGAUGUGUUCUGUUGGAUGUGUUAACCAAACAUGUGACCGAGAAACUGGAGAAUGUGAUAUUUGCCAAUCUGGAUGGAUACAUCAGAACUUGAAUACAUCAAUGUGCGACGGAGAAGUCUUGAUGCAGACCAGUGGAUCAUGCUUGCCUCCCUUUGUCCUGUGGUCUUCCAUCACAACUAUCGUCACGGUCGGGGCUGCUGUACUGCGACCUGCCAUUCUUGUGUAAGGCUGUGAGAAAAUCUUAUUACAUGGCCAUGUGAUUAAUGUAUAUAUGAAUAUGGAAGUUCCUCGUCUGUCCUUGUCCUAUGUGAUAGGAAAGGAUGAA